AUGUCUUGCCCUAUCAUCGGUUCGGUGGGAAGCCGCAGGCAGGGGGCAUUUAGUGGGACAGAAGAUCUCCAGCUAGGAAUGCUCGCAGCCGUCUAUACGUCUGAUGAGGUAUCCCGUCCUUGGUUGGGAGAGGUUCAGGCAAUAGAAGAUGGUGAUACAGUGAAGAUCCACUGGUAUAUGGGAGGCUAUCCCAAAUCGUGGAAGCCCAUGUCAGGAACCAACAGCACGUCAUCUGUUCAUCGUGAAUCCCUUCUAUUACGGGGGUUUACACUCACUGAGAAAAGUCAGCGACUGACGAGUGAAACAGCUGCAGAACUGAAGCGGCUCUAUCAAGAAACAGAUGACCGGAUGACGAUCCAACAAGAGCGCAUCUCAGAGGAAGAAUAGAUUUAAAUUUCUCCUGGAAAUAUCUGCUUACGCACAAGGAAGGACAGUGAGAAGGCUCCCAAGGAGGAUGGAUUCUGUUAGCAAUUUUCUUCAGGAUGGAGAUGAGCCUAAUUCUUAGUCAUGUAUUAAACUCCCCUACCAAACCUAACUCAAGCAUUGCAUCAUGGCUUUGCCUUUUCUAACCUCCAGGAAUUCUGGCCCCUUCGGAGAUCAGCAGAGGAUGCAUAAGGACUCUCUUCCAAUGCUUCUCGGCAGGGAUGCAUUCACCAUAUCGCGCUGUCCCAUGAACAUGAAGAAUAGCCUGUUCCAGAUAAUGAUUUCAUGGAGAUGGAAGGUGGAGCUUGCCUACACCCAGCUUUAAUAUUAUUCCUGGAAAAUGUGGAAGGUGGUGAACAUCGUGCAUCACAUCUCAUGUGAACGUGCAAGAUGUCGAAGACUUAUGGAACAUUUUGGACUUGUUUCAAGAUAUUGCAGUGUGACUC